AAUAGCAAUCGAACGAUUACUGCUUUCUCUGGACUCGACCUCACCUAAUCACAGAUUCCAAAGCACAUUUUGCUUCCAGCUCGGCCCAACCACCAAAUUGUCCCCCAGUCCUCCCUUUCUCUCUCCGAUACCAAAUUCUCCGGCGAUCUACGGUCAGAGGUGUUCAGUAUGGCGUCAUUCAGAGCAUUCUUGAACAGUCCAGUUGGUCCAAAAACAACUCAUUUCUGGGGACCUGUUGCCAACUGGGGAUUUGUUGUUGCUGGCUUGGUGGACAUGAACAAACCCCCCGAAAUGAUUUCAGGAAAUAUGACAGGAGCUAUGUGUAUAUAUUCAGCAUUGUUCAUGAGGUUUGCAUGGAUGGUGCAACCUCGCAACUAUCUACUUCUUGCAUGUCAUGCUUCAAACGAGACUGUGCAACUCUAUCAACUAUCCCGUUGGGCAAAGGGUCAGGGGUACCUAUCAUCGGAGACACAGAAAAAAGAGAAAGCCUCAUCAGAGUAACUCCAUGCUGCUUCUUUUGCUGCCCUGUUUUGCUGGGAUUCUUAUUUUGAUUUGGUGGUUAAACUGAUGUUAAUUUCGUUGGUUACUUUACUAGUAUUUCAUUGUACUAUAAUAGCCAUGCAGCGGAUAAUGAAGUGAAGCUUGGCAUUUGAGAUAUGAAGCACCGGUUCUUACAUAAUGGUAUGUGAAAUAAGUGAACCGGAGAGAAUGGAACUUGAAUCUGCAACUCACUAGCCAUUGAGGGUUCAUUUCUCUUGCCGAGAAAUUUUAAGGUGUCUGGAAUGCGGGGCUCAAAUAAUAUUUUUUGUUGUUCGAACGGGGAUCAAAUAAUACUUCAUCGUUUUUUGCAUUAUUAAAGAUAUAUGUUGCGUUAUUAUUUAAA